UGCGCGCUGUCGCCUUGCCAUGCUUUACCGGUGCUGAUUGACUACACAACAUGGCUGCCUCCUCGUCUUCACCGAGCGCACACGACUACACCGAGGGCGCUUCCGCCAUCGACAUACAACAAGCUAUCGCGACCGCGAACAGAGCGCGUCGGGACUCGAGAUAUGGACAAGAUGGAGACAACAUGUUCGACGGCCCUGGCCACGCCGUCAAUCCAAGUAGCGUGUCGCGCAUGUCACUUCAAGACCAUGGUCGCCGAAGCAGCGGCUACUCGAGGGCGUCCCGCAGCCGAAGGCAGAGCGAAGACAGCAUGAGUCGUGGCGGCCGCUCACGAAGCAGACGAAUGAGCCGCGACAGUGUCGUGGACGCGGACGUAACAGGAGAUGAACACUCCGACGUAUCUGGGGACGAGGUUGAAGACCGUGGAAGGCCUUCACGCGGCCGCAAGGACUCUACAUCCCCCCACGCAACUAGAGGAAACAUGUUUGAAAACAUAGUGAGCAUGUUUGGCCGGAGCGCAGCCGUCACCGACUCGCCACCGCGUAGUCGCCGCCCCUCCAUGUCCAGUCGCGCGUCUAGGUCUCGCCUGCUCCGAAGACACAGCAGCAGGCGGUCAGAUGCCGGGUCUGACUACGCGGUCGAUACGGAAGAUUCGGGCGACGAGCGGUGGGGAUACACGUCCAACGAAGAGGACUCCGGGUCGGAGGCCGACAUUGCGAGUGUGGGGCGCUCGGGCAGCGAGAUGGACUACGGUUCUCUGCCGCCCUCUCCCAGCCGGAUGCACCCUCUGCUAGCUGGUGACCCUGUGUUCGGCUCCGAAGCGCGUAUAGACAUGGGCGAGCUUGACCAAUUGUCCCCUCCUCCACCUGGUCCUCCCAGCCGGCAGACACUGUAUGUCGCCGACGAAGACGCACAUAUUCGAAUGAUUGGCUACGAACCUAUUCCCUGGAGACAGUGGCUCUGGUGGACUUGCUGCGUACUGUCUUGCGGCGUCUUGGGUCUUCUCGGGCGCUGGUUUCCUCGGCUAUGGCUACGCUGGGUCACUCGCGAACGUGCGUUCGUGGACAUGCACCACGGCUUUGUCGUCGUCGAGACUGCAUACAGGGAUAUCGCGCUUUUUCCGAUAUCGCGUAUAUCCUACCCAUAUCCUGUGUCGACACUCGUCUCUACCCCACCAGACCCCUCCCAGUUGCUACCAUCAGCAAGGGCAGGUCUGGUAUCAGGCAACCUUGGCAUGUUGACUUGUGUAGAUUACCGUUAUAACCGUUUUGCUUUGGACCCGCGCACAGGUCUAUUCGCCAUGAUUAGGGACUGGAGAGACACCUCAUGGGCAGGUGUCAGCAGCGUGCAGAAUGGGCUUAGAAAAGAUAUACAGGAGCAGAGAAUGACCCUAUUCGGACCCAACUUAGUAGACAUCGAGGGCAAAUCCACGCUCUCCCUUCUGAUCGACGAGGUCAUCCAUCCUUUCUACGUGUUCCAGAUUGCGAGCAUCGUGCUCUGGUCACUGGACGACUAUUACUACUAUGCGUUCUGCAUCGCCCUUAUCUCAGCUAUUAGUAUCAUUACUACCUUGAUCGAAACCAAGCAGACAAUCGCCCGCAUGCGCGAAAUGUCGAAGUUCGUUUGUACAGUGCGAGUGUACCGCGACGGCUCAUGGUCAGAAUGCGAUUCGUCCUCCCUCGUCACUGGGGACAUCGUGGACUUGCUCGAGCCACCGCUCGCCACGCUCCCCGCGGACAUGUUCCUACUCUCGGGUGACGCGAUCGUAAACGAGAGCAUGCUCACGGGCGAGAGCGUGCCGGUGAGCAAGGUCCCUAUCAAAAGCGAGGACCUCGCAAAGUGGAGGGGGACCACGGACGUCGCGGGCGAGAUGGCGAAGAGCUUCUUGUACGCUGGGACGCGCGUGGUGCGUAUUCGGGGCGCGACGAGUCUGGAUGGACGCCCGGGCGCGCCGGCAUUGGGUCUGGUAGUGCGCACCGGCUUCUAUACGACGAAGGGAGCGCUCGUUCGCUCUAUGCUCUUCCCGAAGCCGACAGGAUUCAAGUUUUACAGAGACUCGAUGCGGUUCAUCGGUGUCCUCGCUGGAGUCGCAUUGCUUGGUUUCUGCGCAAGCGCGGUGCAAUUCGUCCGCCUCGGUGUUCGAUGGCACACCAUCCUCCUACGCGCGCUAGACCUCAUCACCGUCGUCGUCCCGCCCGCGCUGCCUGCAACGCUCUCGAUCGGAACCAGCUUCGCGAUCGCGCGCCUGCGCAAACUUGGCAUUUUCUGCAUAUCCCCGAGCCGCGUGAACGUCGCGGGCCAGAUCAACGUCUGCUGCUUCGACAAGACCGGCACGCUCACCGAGGACGGGCUUGACAUCCUCGGCGUGCGCGCCCCCGAGCGGAGCGCGGCGCGCUUCGGCGAGCUACUCGAGGACAUCCACGAUCUGCCUGGACCGGGGCGCGGCGAGCGCGCGGGAUUCUUGUACGCGCUCGCGACGUGCCACUCGCUGAAGAUGGUCGGGGGCGAGGUGAUUGGCGAUCCGUUGGACGUGAAGAUGUUCGAGUUCACGAAGUGGACGCUCGAGGAGGGGACUGUGGCUGGCGCGGGUGUCGUGAAGAACAAGGCGGUCGGUGAUCGUCCUGCCGCCCUUGUGCAGACGGUUGUGCGUCCACCGGGAAGCGCGCAGUUCAGGAUCGAAGACGCCCUCAAGGGUGCUGGGAAGCACGCGCAUUUCCUCGAGCUGGGGGUCAUUCGGACUUUUGAGUUCGUCUCUGCGCUGCGCCGGAUGAGCGUCGUCGUCAAGCGGCUCAAGAGCACGAGCAUGGAGAUCUAUGUCAAGGGCGCGCCCGAGGUCAUGGCCGAGAUCUGCGACAAGAGCUCCUUCCCGUCGGAUUACGAUGACCUGCUGUCGUACUACACGAAGCGCGGGUAUCGUGUUAUCGCCAUGGCAGGCAAGAGCAUCGAGGGUCUCUCCUGGCUGAAGGCACAAAAGCUUAAACGAGAGCAAGCGGAAUCGAACCUGCAGUUCCUGGGACUGAUCAUCUUCGAGAACAAACUGAAGCCGGGCACGACGCCCGCGAUCCAGACGUUACGCGCCGCGCACUUCGCAUGCCGCAUGAUCACAGGCGACAACGCGCUCACCGCGGUCAGCGUUGCGCGCGAGUGCGGGCUGAUCAACCCCGCCGCACACGUCUUUUCCCCAAUAUUCAUUCGCGGUAAUGCGUCGUCACCGCUGUCGAAGCUGGAGUGGGCGAGCAUGGAAGAGCCGUCAUGGAAGCUGGACGACUAUAGUUUGAAGCCGUUGACUCCGCCUGCACAGCGGUUAGUCGAGGUGGAAGAGCUGGAGGCACACGACUACACACUCGCCGUCACAGGCGACGUCUUCCGCUGGAUCAUGAACCACGCACCUCUGGAGACGAUGCAAAGAAUGCUGGUGAAGACGCAGAUCUAUGCGCGCAUGUCUCCGGACGAGAAAAACGAAGUCGUCGAGCGUCUGCAGGGGCUCGGCUACACCGUACUCAUGUGCGGCGACGGCGCGAACGACUGUGCGGCGCUCAAGGCGGCCGACGUGGGCCUCUCGCUCUCAGAGGCAGAGGCGUCGGUCGCCGCGCCUUUCACGAGCCGCACGCCCGACAUCAGCUGCGUACUAGAGGUCAUCAAGGAAGGCCGUGCCGCCUUGGUGACGAGCUUUAGCUGUUUCAAGUAUAUGGCGCUGUAUUCGCUCAUCCAGUUUACGACCAUUACACUGUUGUAUUCGUUUGCGUCGUCGCUGGGCGACUUCCAGUUCCUGUACAUUGAUCUGUUCAUCAUCAUCCCUAUUGCGGUCACCAUGGGGCGGACGCUGCCGUUCCCGCGUAUACACCCCAAGCGGCCGACGGCAAGCCUGGUGUCGAAGAAGGUGCUGGCGAGUCUCGUCGGACAGAUUGUCAUCACGUCUGCCGUCCAGUUCUGGGCCUUCUUUUGGGUCCGGUCGCAAGCUUGGUACACGCCCCCGGCGGAGAAAGACCCGGGUGGGGACGACGACAAGCUCGAGUCGCUGAACUACGAGAACUCGACGCUAUUUUUGGUGUCCUGCUUCCAGUAUAUCCUCGUCGCGGCGGUAUUCAGCAUCGGGCCCCCCUUCCGGAAGCAGAUGUGGACUAACGGCUGGUUCAUGGCGUCGAUGGCGUGUCUGUCAGUGUUCAACCUUGUCGUGCUGCUCGCGCCGCCGGGGUGGAUCGCGGACGUGCUGGAGCUGAUGACGCUGCCCGGGCUAGCGCGUGCGACGCUGUUGCUGGCAGUUGUGAUCAACGUGCUGGCGUCGCUGGCGUUCGAGCAGUGGGGCACCCAGGCUGUCGCGAGCGUUAUCGGGUGGGUGAUGGAGCUGCGUCGGCACCAGCGCUCGCGCGACGGGAAACUGUACAAGGCGGUCGAGGGUGGGAUGCGCUGAGGCCGGGGCGGGGCCCAAGCGGGCCAAAGACGGCGGGUUUGUCCCAGAUCGUCGCUGCUGCGGGUGUGGUGCGCUUUGCGCGUGAAUACUAUCAUAUUGUGGCGCUUACUCAAUGGGCAUUGAAGAGCA